AUGACAGAACGAGAGGCUCUUGUAUAUCGUGCUAAAUUAGCUGAGCAGUUGGAAAGAUAUGAUGAGAUGGUUGAUGCAAUGAAGGAAGUUGUAGAGAUGGCAGAGGAGUUGACUGUUGAGGAACGUAAUCUACUUUCAGUUGCUUACAAAAAUGUCAUUGGGUCUCGGCGAUCAUCAUGGCGUGUGUUUAGCGCUGUUGAACAGACAGAAGGGAAUCGAGGUAAUGCUGAAAAGCAAGCUUGUGCCAAGAAAUUUCGUGAAGUUUUGGAAUCUGAACUCGAUCGUGUUUCUAAGGAUAUAUUGGAACUCAUUGACAAGUACUUAAUCAAAAGCGCAACAAAGUCAGACUCUAAGGUCUUUUAUCUUAAAAUGAAAGGCGAUUAUUUCCGUUACAUGGCGGAAUUCUCAGUCGACCCACAACGUCAAAAAGCUGCAGAAGAAAGUAACAAGGCCUACAAAGAGGCUUCUGAAAUUGCCGCAACCCAAUUGUUCCCGACCCAUCCAAUCAGGUUGGGGUUAGCUCUCAAUUACUCAGUUUAUUUCUACGAAAUCAUGAAUGAUCCAGACGAAGCAUGUCGUCUUGCACAAACAGCAUUUGACGAUGCAAUCUCUAGGCUAGAACAUUUAUCAGAAGAAAGCUACAAAGAUUCCACCUUGAUAAUGCAGCUAUUGCGAGAUAAUUUAACUCUAUGGACGUCAGAUCCUGAAAGAGAUGACAACGUGAAGAAAGAUACGGAAGAGAAAGCCUAAGAAGUAGACUUAAAGAUUGCUGGUGUUUGCUUACUUGGCCAGAGUUGCUUUUAGGGAUAAUUUAUUGAGUCAUGAAAGUGCACACCAGUAGUGCAGUUUCUCGUUUUACCACUUUAAUCCUUUUUUUCAAAUUAUUGCCAAGUUCUCUUAAUAUGCUGGUUCUCAUACUGUCAUGGUUAUAUUCAUUUAGGUAGUCAUUGUUUAUCAUCUUUAACUAUAUUAUAUACUCUAAAACUUGACGUUUUACUAAUAUCUGUCCUUGAUUUGACAGAUACUUCAUGUUGUUUGAAGCUAUUCUUCAUACUGAGAAUCUGAGCAUGUAAUACUUUGUUCGGGUUAACAUGUAAUGCUUUGAUCUACAACCUCAUAAAGGAGGUUUUGCGCAUAUUUUAUUUCAGUUUGAAAAAAAAAAUUAUGAAAUCAUUUUGCUUUGUAUUCCUUGAAAACUGAGUUAACCACUUGGUAUAUGGAUCUGUCAAAUAUAAUCAGUUGUUCAUACUUUUGUUGGAAAAUUUAUGCAAAGCGCUUAUGGCCGAGAAAUAGACGAUUCUGUUUAAUAUUACCUACAGAAUCAUGUAUGUUCGCCGAGUGUAGUUGAUUACUUCAUAACUUUGAUGUGAGGACAUGAAAUAAAAGACAUUUUAGACGUGCUAAGGUCUAAAACCCACUUGUAAUUGAAUUUCGUAGGUCCAUUUAGCCGAUUAGGAAUAUACAUAUAUUUGGUUAUUGCUGAGGGUAAUUUCCAGCGAUAUAAAUAUACUCUCGUUGAUUAGUAUUUCUCUGGGAAUAUCUUGAUGCAGUUACAAGGAUCAGAUCUCAUUAUUUUGAAACUCGAGGCUGUGUACUUUCUACGUAUCAUAUUCAAGCCAGUUAUUUGUGUUCACGUUAAAUUCAUUGGUAAAAACAAAGUCAUGUCACAUCUACGGUAUGCGACUGAUCGAUAAUUACACCCACUGGUUCAACAGACUUUCGAAAUGAAAUGUGAUCAAGUUGUCUUGUGUAAGUUAUUGGGAUUAAAGAAAUCUAGCGUCGCAUUAAGUUCGGUUUCUAUAACGAUACACAACCCUUAGACUAAUUACUAGACAUCUAAGGCUUGUAAAGGUAAGCACAUCAAAGUAGUGUGGUUGAGACCACUCUGACUUGCAAGUUGUUUGCUUGCUAAAUCCACCUGUAUACAAUUUCCGAAAAACGGUCAUCUCUUGUUUUAUUUUCUAAACUCAGUUGCAAUUAAGAUGGCUUACUUCAUUUGUAUCAGACUUACAUGCAUUGUUUCCGAAAACGCUUCAGCAACUACGAUUUAACUCCGGGUUUUUAGGUUUGAUUGGUCCCGUUUGUCGUAUUUGUUAGUCCUUGACGGUUGUUAUGGUAUGUUGACGAUUAUGUGUGGCGACACCUGGCAUAUGUUAACUAGCAUUUUUUUCGUCUUACAACCAUGCCACAUACUGUAAUAUCUCCUUGGUAAUUUGUGCGUAUGUUUCACUCCUCAAAAUGGACUUGAUGUCUUUUUUGGUUGCUCUUAAUCGCGUUAUUGAACAACCCAUAGUGGGACCGCAUAAUUAAUACUACUUAGCUUUUAUGGCAACUAAUACAGUACUAUUGUACACCUAAACAAGCCAUUUCCGUAACAAAUGUAUUGGUUUCUCGAUCAAUGUCGAGAAUUCUGGACAUACUAAUGAACACGACUUAACAUGUAUAAUCAAUUAAAACUGCUGUCGCAACAAGGCAGAAUUGAGUUAUUCAAGAAAACAUUUCGAACCUUAAAUACAACUAUGCUCAGGAUUCUUGUUGGUCAUUGUUCUUGUGGGAUGUUGGGGAAGCCGGCUGAUCGAAAAUCACAUGUUUGUGAAGCAUUAAGCACUUUUGUAAAAUUUCACUUUCUCAGCUAUUAUGGCACGGUGGGGGGUUUUAAUUACGGCUGAGAAACUUUGUUUGGGUUCGACCCGUGCCUGCACACCAAACUUUUCUCCAUGAAAACUAAGGGCCGUCAGAUUUAGUGACGUCUAAAGAUUCACAAAACAUUUCAUGAGAAAAGCUUCCUAGUAAAACGAAAGUGCAAAUGUCUGUAAUUCACGGUAAGGCCGUGUUGUUAACAUGUCAUUUUAUAGGCUACUUGAUGUUUUUGGCCGUUGAAUUGUGUUCCACUUCAGUUCCCAAUAGUCUUAGCGUCCUGGUUUUACAAUGAACAGGCUAGUCGCAUUUUUCGUCCUGGACUGUGCACUUUUUGUUCGAAAUGUAGAUUAACUAUCAUCUCCCUUGCUUAUUGGUUACGUUUCAUCAGUGAAUGUACUAAUAAAACUUGCAGUGCAGUCAGUCAGCAAGGACGUAGCUAUGUUCCUACACCUAGUACAUUUUCUGUAUUGUAGCAGUGCUUGGUGGGUAACAUAUGCUCUGUUAGACGUUGGGAUUCUACAUCAGGACUCGUUAUGGCAGUAAACGUGGUACAUUUAGUUAAAUGUGUUAGUGUGUAACAAUUAUUAAAGCUUGUAAUUAAUGGUUCGAUCAUACGACAGACAUUGCAAUUCAGUAUUAGAUGCUACGUACUCUAAAUAGAUUAUAGAUGAGAAGUCUUGAUACAAACUAUCUUCUAAUUGUUAAACCAAUCCGUAAAUAAAUGCAGUACUGAUUAUGUAAGCGAUUAUCUGGUAUCACUUGUGCCUAGUCACAAUUUAUUACAAAAGUGCAUAUUGUUUCAGAAUACUAUAGGCAUGAGUACUUCAACAGGCUAAAUACUAAAACUACAAUUUAAUAAUUGGACGUAAAAACAGUGAUCCUUACGAUCUCUAAGCCUCUCCCAGACUUGCCAGCUAGCUUAUUCUUUCAGGAAAGUGAAUAUAGCCUAAACGACGUUUCGUGGAUCUACAUAGCAUUCUUUGAUUGAAACGGGGUUUCCUUUUUAAAAAUUCAUACAAAAUAUUGUAUUGUGAUUAACAUCCUCGUUUUGAUUUCACAAAGAUCCCCACCGCGUCGUAGUGGUGGUUAGAAAGCUGUCUGUGUUGGGAGAUAUUAGUUAACCAGUACAUUCCCGUACCAUUCCAUGUAGUGAGACUCAAUUAUUUCUCAUGAAAUACGCUGAUGUUAGUGCCAAAACUGACAAAAAGUUAGCUAACCAGUCAAUAUGAUCUAACUAUACACUAACUGAUAGAAAACUAAUAUAUAAGCGUCUCGUUUCAUAUUGGUAUCGUUAGUAGAUCGUGUUGAAGUAGUAUAGUAUACUAGCUAGUUGAAUCUCUGAUAACCCUGCUGACGUCACAAUAAUAGACAAUCUGAUUGUUUGGUAACGGGUGAUUGGUUCAUAAAGAUCGUAAUUAAUAAUUGUGUGUACGAUCAGCGACAUAAUGAGGGGCUUUCAGACAAAAUAUACUCAUCGCUAGUAAUAAUGUUCAAAGCAGCGCAGAAUAUAGUUUCGUACUCGUGAUCAUGUCACCGGAUUUUCCCUGACGUUGCGAAUGGGUGGUUUUUUGAUGAAGAUAUGUUAAUUAGUUGACGGGUAUAUAGACCUGGCAGACUGCUACGUACCUUAGGAUGCACAGGGAAUCGUCGUGAAACUGGUUCUCAUCAGGUUCGUUAGUUCUCUGUAUCAAUUACUGUGUUUCUUCACAAAGCAAGAACAACAAAUAGAACAGCUGUAUUGAUUUCCCUAGGGUCCUCAUUCUCUACUUCAGGAAAUCGAUCAUACCCUCGAAACAUGUGAAGACGAACUAAGAGUACAAAUGUUAGCCUUAAUACUUGUCCGAUUGUUCACAAGAGAAUGUCGUUAAUAACGCUGUCCUAGCAUACAGAGGUGGUUUAACGAAUAACAGCUGUUCCUUAACCAAACGUUUACAGAAAUAAGACGAUCAGUACUGUAAAUUACGUACGGGGAUGUGAAAUGUAGUACAGUUGAGAGGAUCGGUCUUUCUUUCUGGACUCAAACAGUGAGCUGUGGUGAAAUCAUUUAGUUGAUGUAGGCUGUACUCAUAUGUAAAUGUUUUUAGUUGAAAAGUGAUUUCGUGAAAGCACCAUUUCGCCUAAGGUUUCUGAAAAAAGAUUCAAACUUGCUGGUUAAGAACUCUAACGUAAAACAAAUUCACUAAACGGUAGUUAUUUAAUAUAGGAAAUAGAAUGUAAGAAGCUCAAAACCAGGAGAAAACAGUUGACUAUCCUCCCUGUUUCUGAUAUCACGACCAUUAUUGAUUGACCUUAACUGUUCGUGUUCCUGAGUAUCCUUAACCUUUAUUCAAUAGUCUCAUUACAUAACCACAAUUUAAAACCCAACAGUCUAUCGUUACAAUCCUAAGUUAUGUAUUAGAAUCUUCCUCACAUGAUAUUUACCUAGAUCAUUUUAUCCAAUCCUUCCAACAUUAUCUACGUCAUUGUGACUAUCACUACAUUAUACUGCCAUGUGUUUAUAUUCGUAAGCGGUGUAUUUUGUUUCAAUGUCUUCAUUCAUAUGAUGUAGACUAACUGGUAUUUCAUUCGUAAUUAUGUUUAACAAAGGACAUUUAUCCAUACAAUCACCAUUUUAAAUACAGUAAAUAUGGAAUUACUGUUGUCAAGAGUCCCGCUGUUAACGAGUGUUCAGUAGCCAGGACUUAUUCACUAUACAAUAUUAGAAGAUAGUAACUAAAAUGUUAUGGUAUUUGAUGAUCUUAUACAAGUCGACGACUGAAAUAAGCCAUUAUUCGACUGUAGGUGGACAUAGAAAGAAGUGUACUAUAUUAACAAAUACCAUAACAUAUAGGUGAUAUGCUGAAAACAGUCGUAGAGAUAUUUCAGUGGAAAACAUUAACAUUCAAAAUUAACAAGAACAGAUUUUGAAAACGAUGUUAUCUUAUGAACCUCUUUUCAAAUUGGAAAAUUAGAUCAGUAUUUUUGACAUUAUCGAAUGAAAUAAAGUGAAUUUGCUACUAGGUUCUGAGACGUUUUAUCUAGUUGAAUAAAAGAUACGUAUAAGGUUCAUAAACACCAAGCCGCCAGUUCAAAACUUGUUUCAUCUAUUUUAGUCUGGACAGACAAAUACUUGAAAAAUGAGUUACAUAUUACAUAUAUUUAUACUUAUUUGUACAAAUGUCCUGAUUUGAUCUUUAAAUCAAGUAAAAAUAAACCCUUAGAACAGAAUUCUUAUGUUUUAAAACAUUAAUUUGACAAAGUCGAAGCAACUGAAGUUCAUCCAUCGUAGAGUGAAACAAAAAAUAUAUCGUGGGAGACGAUUACAGUCAACGUAAACAAAAGACAAUUUUGAAAUUUGGUCCUGAGAAUAACAUGAAUUGACAAGACGUGUGCCAACUAUCAUAAAAUAAGGUUACGAAAAUUUAUGAAUAAUGAUGAAAAUGAAUUUCAUUGUCAAUGUUGUGAACAAAUAGUGUUAAUGAAAUAAGAAAUCAAAUGAAUAUAAUAGGAAGCUUUUAUCACAAAAGAUUAAUCAACUGACAUUCAUUUUAUCAGUUAAUUAAAUAAAUAUAAUAGAUAAUUACGAGGUUAGCGCUCAAGUUAUCCAUGAAGUCAAUCAAAUAGAAACAUAGUACAACACUACUAAUCAUCAUUUGACAUUUGUUUAUAGUUGUAAAUAGUAUCAUAUCAAAUUAAAAGCAUUAUUAUGUUGAAUUCCAGACUGAUUAAUAAACUAAUUAGUGUUCAGAGGAGAUAUUAAGAUCAGUUCAGUUUAUUCAUGUAAGAAUUGAUAGGAUCGAUGCUCAGCAGUUGUUAAUGGAUACAAUUAUUAUCUUAAAUUGAAGUGGAAAAUUACUUCACAAAUUUCUGUCUAGAUAGUAGUAUCAAUAAUAUUACUUAGUGUGAUAUAUAAAUUAUCUAUAGUUGGCAACUAAACGAACCUAUAUAUUGAAGCUUCAAAAAAUUUACUUAAAGUAUGAGAUAGCAUUAUUUUUCACAAAAAC